AUGGCUCCCGCAAAGAAGAAAGCGUGCGCUCACCAGACGCUCUACGUCGACGCGUCGGAACACGGUCGCAACGCGGCCGGCUUCGAGAGGAUCCCCGUCGAGAAGCGCAUCGGCGCGACCACGCGCGCCGGAAGGGUCUCCGGAGCCGGCGACUCCGCCGCAGCUCCGGUCGCCUCCACUUUUCCCGGCCCUCUCAUCCUCCCCGACGACGACCUCGCCCUGUGCCCAAAGUACCCCCCGCAGAGCCUGCGAUCGUGGGCGAACGGGGGCUACCGCAAUAAAAUCACACCCGAGAGAAACACGCUGUACGUCGCGGACGUCCCGACCAUCGACGACGGCGCGGCGUUCAUGCGGAACUGGGCCGACCCGGACGUCGAGGACCUCAUCGACCCCGAGGAAUUUCCCAAACUCGAGCACCCCAGCACAGAAGAUAUCAUGGCAUAUCUGCGGGCUUUCUACCAUCCGCUACCCGUCAAGCUGCUCCCCACGCCGUUCAAGUUCGUCAAAUGGGACGACGACGACGGCCAGAAGGGCAAGAAGACGGCCCCGUCGAUGAUCGGCCUCGCGGCGGGCGGCUCGGAGGUGGUAGGCAUCCGCGCGCGGCCGUCCCCGGACGAGAUCGCGAGGAUGCAGCUCAACCUCAACGACCUCCUCGACGCGCUGACGGGGGCGCUGCCCGCGGACGCGUACGCCGCCGUCAUGCUCGUCGCGCAGGACAUGUACGAGGACGAGGACGACGACUUCUGCUGCGGGCGGGCCUUCGGGGGCAGUCGCAUCUCCGCGGUGUCGAGUUUUCGGUAUCGCCCCGUGCUGGACGCCGCGUUCGGGGUCGAGGUGGGGCACAUGUGGCCGCUUUCGCACUGCGCCGGGUUCGUGAGGGAGUUUUGCCGGGAGAAUGCCGGGGGUGGUGAGACGGGGACGAAGAGGAAGCGGGGACGGGGUGCCUCGGCCUCGGCCGGCAGCAGCGCAGAUGACUCCUCGGUCCUGGAUCUGAAAAAGACACCCGGGACGGCCAUGGGCGCCGCCGUCGCGGCCGCGAGGAGGGUCGUCGUGCCGAAGACGGCGGGGGACCAGAGGGGCCUGUGGUUCUCGCGGGUCGCGAGGACGGCGGCGCACGAGCUGGGCCACUGCUUCGGGAUGGACCACUGCGUGUACUACGCGUGCGUGAUGCAGGGCACCGCGGGGCUCGGGGAGGACGCGAGGCAGCCGCCGUACCUGUGCCCCGUGUGCGAGGCGAAACUCGUCUUUGGGCUGGGCGAGAUGGGGGUUGUGGAGGGGGGCAGGAAUGGGAAGUGGGAGCAGGAGGGGAGGAGGAGGGAGGUGGAGAGGGAGAGGAUGGAGGUGAUGAGAGGGUUUUGCGAGGGGUGGAUGGGCGUUGGGAUGUUUGCUGGGUUUAAGGGGUGGUUGGACGGGAGGUUGAGGGAGUUGGUGUAG